GGGGGGGGUGUAGUGCAUGACCAUAUUCAACUUUUCAAAAAGACAUUUAUGCAAUAACUUUUCCAAGGAUGAUGUUUGGCGGUAACCCUUAUUAAAUGAUGUGAAUGUUCAGUCUACAUGUCACACUUGACUGAAUAUUACAAUAGUUACGGUAAUUGUUUGUGUUCCCGUUUUGUAGAGGUUUUUUUGCAUGGAGACGGUGUUUUAGUCUCUUCACGCAGCAGGACAAGAUGGCAAGUCCAAACUAAUUGUUGUAGAGCGAGCUGUUCAAUCUCCGCAUCCACUUUUAAUUGCAUGAUACGGGUGGAUGAAAUCCAGCGUUCUGAUUGGUUGAGAGAGUCACGGUGUGUGCGUAAUUUAAGCAAUAAAGUAGAGGCUGUACUUUAACAGUUCGGGGGUGUUUGGUAUUUACAUUUAACCGACAUUUAAUAUUUAGAUUUAGCUGAAAUAUGUAUAUUAUUUAACGACUUUGUUAAUGCCAAACAUUGUCUUGAAAAGGUUAUUGCAUGAAUUUAAAUAACUAAAUGCUGAACAAGUGACAUUUGAACAUGGUGUGUUUUUGUGUUAAUUAUUAUACUAAACGUAGCAAAGCUGAGCAGGAUUUGAGAACGGCCCACAGUGCACCGCUAGGCGUCCCAAGCUGUUGGCGGAAGUGAAGCCUCUCUUUGCCUACACAAGGCAUCCAUAUCCGAGUUACCCUGUUGGCCGAUGGGAGCAUUUCUGCAGUUUAAAUCGCUAACCCUAACACAAAGCCAAAUAGCAUUUGUUUCUUUUAAAGAGUCGAUGCACCAUGAAGCCGCAGCCGGCGGAUACCAACAAGCGGCAAAAAGCCGCCAGGACCGAGGCUGCUGUGUCCCUGCAGGAGGAGCUCGCUGCAGCGAUCCAUGGAGCCUUCCAGGUGGCUGUGGAGAUCGCAGUUCAAGAGGUGACGAAGCUUGUGGAUCAGGCAACAGGAUCCGUCUACGAAGAGAUGCGACGAGAGAAUGAGUCCCUCAAACGGAGGCUGCAGACGGCCGAAGACCUGCUGGACUCUGCGCGCAUGGGGGAAAGAGGAGGAUCUCCUGCAAACCCUCUCCUGGAUGUGCCCGGUCGGACGGGUCAACCGGCUGUCUUUAAGUACAGUCAGAGAAGCCCGACCCGCAAAGUGCACAGCUGCGUGGGGCUCAGAGGGGACUCUCCUCCUCCUGCGGGACCCAGCGGUGCCCAGCAGCCUCCCGACGCGUGGCACCAGCACCAGGACAUGAAGGAUCAGGACGGUGAUGCUGCUCCAGAGGAACGCGAUGGCUGUGUUGCUGCUUGUGAUGUGACUGAAGAAGUCUGUGAAGAGAUCCCUCAUCCAUCUGAGGUGAGGAUGGAAGGCAUGAACCAGCUGUGUAAUGAACUGGCAGCUCAAGAAUGCGACUCGCCAACCCUUCCCAACCAGGGCGGCCAGGUUAUUUUAAAGCAGUUCAUCGUCAAGCAGGAGAAGCUGGAGGAGGGGGACGUUCCAGCUGGCGCUUUAGACUCAAUCAAAGUGGAGGGUUUCAGCCCGGAGUGUAUGACGGCUGUUCAGUCCAAAGUGCUGGAAGAGUGGAAACCAGAAAUGCUGGACAUUCAGUGCCAAGACUCCAACGCGUCUCUGUCCUGCACCAGGCUUGCUGAGGACUUCCCAAACAUCUUCCAGUUGUCAGAACCCGCUCCCCCACCAGAAGACCCCCCGCAGGUUUAUGGAGUCCAUGUGCGGACCAGCCGCAGCCUCGGCCACACCUCGACCAACCUCUACGCCUGCAAGUCCUGCAGCCAGACGUUCCACCUGCCCAGUUUGCUACGGCGGCACCACGCCCAGUGCCAGCAGAAGCUCCAGCAGAAGCACCAGCAGCCGCUCGAUGGAUGCAGGAGGGCGAGGAUGCAGCUGUACCCGCCGGGCUGCAGCCCCUUCCGCUGCACGGUGUGCCACCGAGAGUUCAACCGCAUGGAGAACCUCAAGACUCACCUUCGCAUCCACACAGGAGAGAGGCCGUACACCUGCUCGGUCUGCUCCAAGUGUUUCCGUCACUCCGGGGCGUUAACCAGGCACUUCCGCAUCCACACCGGGGAGAAGCCGUACGUCUGCGGACAAUGUGGGAAGUCCUUCAGAAACUGCGGCGGCCUUAAAUUCCACCAGCGUUCACACAGCAAGCAGCUACAGUAGCCACAAGUUGUUUUAAAGCUGAUGGUAAACUGAACAGGGUUCAUAUCUCUAUAUCUCGUAAAACUUCAAAUAAGGUCAUACUCGCUAAUAUCAAAUAAGAGUUUGAAUUAUCUGUUUCUUAAACUGUCACAAAGUCGGGGAACACAUAACUCUGGCUUUCUCUUUGAGAUUAAGGGUGUUGUUUUUAAGAAUUUUGACCUAACCGAAGAAAACGUAUUUCAACUCUAUAAAUUAUCUCAACUAUCAUUAGUAAGACAAAGCAUAGAUUAGCCACUUCUGUAUACAAUAGCUCAGAAGCAAAGUGUUGAAAAUGUUGGUAUAAUUAUUUGUUUCCUAAAUUUUACAAUGGUAAUAUAAGCAUGUUUUUUAUUUUUAUAUAUAUAUAUAUUUAUAAUUUUGAUUAUUAUGACAUUUCGCUUUCAUUUGGACUGAUUUAAUUAAGUACAUGUUGAAAUUGCUUGGAAAGUAGACAAAGUGUUAGUUUUACUGUACCAACAUACUCCCAAAGGUUCUGCCUGUGUACCUUUUUGAAAUGGAAAAAUUUCCAUCUGAAUGGAAAACAUGGUUCAGGUAUCACAUUACCUUAUCAGUGUCACAUGAGAGUGACUUAUUCUCUCCAUUAAAAAUAAAAUAUUUUUAUUUUUCAACUUAAUUUAGGUUUUCUCUCUGUCUCUGGUGUAAAAACAAAGCCCCACAUUCCUGCAGAGAUCCAUCAAAUAUCCAUCACCAGCUGGAGAGGUCUGCUCCUGUGGAGAAGGGAUUAUAACAAAGCACUUUGUCCUUCAGGGAUGUAUUUUACUUUAAAUCCCAGUGAAAAUCCACACAAAGCACUAAUAGUUUCACCUUUAAACCCUCCACUUAAUAGGAUUGACUGGAUUUUAAAAGUUCACAAAGAGCUGGGGCUGCAGGUUGAAUGUCAGUAUAUUGAGACUGUCAGUCACAAAAACAGUAUGAAUGAAUGUGUGGUUCUUCAAUCUCCAUGUUGGCCUCCUCCUGCCCUGCUGAAGUGUUCUCCAGAUGUUCUGUAAAAGCAUCACUUUCAACCAGGCUUUAUUUCAUGGUUAAUAUUAAAGUCCUCUAUUAGAAAUUGGUUUUGUGUGGUGAAAUCUGAGUUUGAAGUUUGGUAUGUACAUAAAAGCAGAGCUGAGUCCAUUUGAUGUGAAAACUUUCCCAGCACACAUUUACUGGAAAGAAUGCUUUUAAGUUAAGCUUAGUUGUGUGUAAAUGCAUAGGGUCCAGAUUUUCCAAUGAGGGAGAAGUAAUAGCCCUUGAGUUUAUUUAAAAAAUCUGACUUUGAAUUAGUAUUCUA